CAGAAUGCCUAUCCAAGGGAGCCUAUUAAGCGGUUGCGCUUCCUUCGCCGGAAGCCGCGGCGAGGAUUUGCGGAAGUCGGAGGCGGAGCCAGCCCUCUUUCGUUGUGGCGGCUGAAGGAAGAUGACAAAAGGAACAUCCUCCUUUGGAAAGCGUCGCAAUAAGACGCACACUUUGUGCCGUCGAUGUGGGUCCAAGGCCUAUCAUCUCCAGAAGUCCACCUGUGGAAAAUGUGGAUAUCCUGCUAAGCGCAAGAGAAAGUAUAACUGGAGUGCUAAGGCCAAGAGGCGCAAUACUACCGGAACUGGCCGUAUGAGGCAUCUGAAAAAGGUCUACCGCAGAUUCAGGAAUGGAUUCCGUGAAGGAACAGCGCCAAAGCCCAAGAGAGCUGCUGUUGCAGCAUCCAGCUCAUCUUAAGGACUUAAAUGUGUUUUUAAAAUAAAUGGCCUGAAC